GACUCAUUUGAUCGAGAGAGAAAAAGAAUCUAUCAUAUGAACCAAAAAAGCAUCUUUCUAUCUUAUCAAAUGCUUGCUUCCUUCAAAUCCUCUAGCUCCUCCUCCGAAGAUGCCACCACCGAGAACAAUCCUCCUCCGUUAUGGCUCGCCUCAUCCUCAGCCGCAACAUCAGCCGCUCAUCACCUCCGUCGUCUACUAUUCACAGCUGCUGAUUUCAUCUCUCAGUCAAACGUCUCCGCCGCUCAAAACUUACUCUCAAUUCUCUCCACAAACUCUUCCCCUUACGGCGACUCCACGGAGCGGCUCGUCCAUCUCUUCACCAAAGCCUUGUCCGUACGGAUCGGCUUGACUGAAUACACUGCCACGUGGACAACGAACGAAAUGACUAGCUCCACGGUUUUUACCAGCAGUGUAUGCAAAGAACAGUUCUUGUUUCGGACCAAGAACAACAACAACAACUCCGAUCUCGAGUCUUGUUACUAUCUUUGGCUGAAUCAACUAACGCCGUUUAUUCGGUUCAGCCAUUUAACGGCGAACCAAGCGAUCCUCGACGCGACGGAGACAAACAACGGUAACGGUGCUUUGCAUAUACUCGACUUAGAUAUAUCACAAGGACUUCAAUGGCCUCCACUGAUGCAAGCCCUAGCCGAGAGAUCAUCGUCAAACCCUAGCAGUAGUACUCCAGCUCCUUCUCUCCGCAUAACCGGAUGUGGUCGAGAUGUAACCGUAUUAAACCGAACCGGAGACCGGCUAACCCGGUUUGCUAACUCUCUAGGUCUUCAGUUUCAGUUUCACACGCUUGUGACCGUUGAAGAAGACUUCACCGGACUUUUGCUACAGAUCCGACUGUUAGCUCUCUCGGCCGUACAAGGAGAGACCAUCGCCGUCAACUGCGUCCACUUCCUUCACAGAUUCCUUAACGAAGAUCACGGAGACAUGUUCGGUCACUUUUUGUCGGCGAUCAAGAGCCUAAACCCUAGAAUCGUGACAAUGGCGGAGAGAGAAGCGAACCAUGGAGAUCCUUCGUUCUUGACUAGAUUCUCAGAGGCUGUGGAUCAUUAUAUGGCGAUAUUUGAUUCGUUGGAAGCGACUUUGCCGCCAAACAGUAGAGAGCGGCUAACCCUAGAGCAACGGUGGUUCGGUAAGGAAAUUUUGGAUGUUGUGGCGGCAGAAGCGGCGGAAAGAAAGCAAAGACAUCGGAGGUUUGAGGUUUGGGAAGAGAUGAUGAAGAGACAUGGCUUUGUUAACGUGCCGAUAGGAAGCUUUGCUUUGUCACAAGCUAAGCUUCUUCUUAGACUCCAUUAUCCUUCGGAAGGUUAUAAUCUUCAGUUUCUCAACGAUUCUUUGUUUCUUGGAUGGAAAAAUCGUCUUCUCUUCUCCGUUUCAUCGUGGAAAUGAUUUAGUAGAGAGAGAUAGAGAAAAAAAUAUCUGAUAAUUUUUGGUGUUAGGGCAAACAAAAAAUAUAAUUUUACAGAUGACGACGGAGGACGGUGGCUCCGGCGAUGAGGAAUCUUGGGAUGUGUGUCCUUUUUUGUUUCUUGGGAAGCUGAAACAAAGAGAACCUAAUCUUUUGUGUUCAACCUACUAAUAUCUAUUUUUUCAAACUCAAUCUUAGGUGUAUCGGUUAAACAUAUAUAAUCCCAUAUGUCUCUUUUCUUUUCAUUUUUAUUUGAUUAUUUUAGUUGA